GCCUCAUAGUCAUCUAAUUUUCACAAUGAAAGUCGUUUGAAUGUUUUCGUUUUUGAGCAGUUUGUAAUAACUAAUAAAUGUAAUAUAAAUCUUUUUAUCAUCAGAAUUAUGGCUUCGAGACCAAGCAUAGUGUUUCUCUUCGAUCUAGACUUGCCUUCUGUCAGGUCUGGUAAAAGUUUAGUGAACAGUGAUGAUGAUUUCCCCUCGCAGUGUAUCCGUCUCUUAAGACACGUCGUUCUUAACAUUUUGAACUAUUUCAGUGAGAAACAAAUUAACAUUCAGUGGGGCUACCGCUUCUACUCUUCAUCAAAAUAUCAAUUAACUAACAAAGCUCACUUUGUGGAACUUACUACUCAGACUGUGGAGGAGUUUGAGGAAGCAUUGAAUGUUAGUUUUGAACAGAACAAUGUCUUCGUUGAAGGAGCCACUUUGAAUCAAAUGACUGGAGCUAGUGUUCUCAGUCGAACUCUUCAAGAUAUAUUUUCAGAUUAUGAUUGGAAAACUCCUUCUGAUGCUCUAACUCCUACCAGAAAAGGCAAAAAAGCUGGAAAACAACUUGAUCAGAGCUUGCAAAAUCUUGUUUUCAUAUUUACUGAAGUACCAAGUGAUGAAGCAAUAAGCUCAUUCUGCAGAUUCAGUGUUCAAGAUGAACUGUCAGUCAAAUCAGUUACUGAUGCCAUUUUGCCUAAAGAGUUGGCAAAACGCUUCCAAGAGUUUCAACUAAGUCUGAAUUUCAUUGAUUUGUCAAAUGAUAAAAAGGCAAUAUUUAGCAAAAUUGCUGGUAAUCUACGUGGGGCAGUAAUUAAUGCCUUGUCAUUUACCUCACCCUUUAGUUUUAGUCAAAUUUUGCAAGCUUCAUGCUUGGCAGAAGGUUACUCUAAAGAAAUGUGUUCUUCUUGCCAGUCUCUUUCACUUGAUUCCAAAACAGUUGUCUUAGUUCUCAAUGAACAAGAGAUUGAGUUUCAGUUGCAGUGCUGGAACCCUAGUUGCAUCAAAUCUAGUCUUUGUUCGGAAGACGAAAAUGUUAACAAAUCUGUAAUCAAUUGCAAGACUGUACAGAAAACAUCAGUCCCAAUCUUAAACUGGUUGAGGUAUGAAUCACCAAGUCUACUCUCCAGCAAAAGUGCGUCGAUACCGAAGCUUUUUUCACAGAAAAUAUCAUGGAUUGGUCAGUUGAACGACAGAUUUUGCUGCAUUUCCCCACUUACUUCCCGUACAGCUUUUAUGCUAUUCCCAUCUGCCGAUUGCGUUUCCUUUCAAUCCUGGGCCACUAUUCUUUUUGGUUCAAUAAACCAAGAAAGCUCCACGGUAUCAAGGACUCGGAAUUUUGUCGAAAGAAUUCUUGAAGAUCAGCGCAGUAGUUCGCCAUUUACGGGAGAUCUUUCACCCUCAAUUCCUAACCAGUGCCUCAACUGGUCUCUACUCAGUCACCUCAAAGGAAAUUAUGUUGAAAAGAAAGGAGUUCAAUUAGGAACGCAUUGGCAAAAUCUAAAACAUUGCUUUCAGAGUGAAGAAACACAGGAAAAAUGUUUAAAAGAAUUCAGCAACAAUUCCUUUGAUCAAUUGUCCAACUCAAUUCCUCAAAACGACACGCUUUCAGGUUAUUUGGCCAGUGAAGGAGGUGCACUUAAAAAAAUUGGUUCCAAUAGAAUUCAAAACCUUCGCGCGUCUACUCUUCUGCAAAAAAGUCAGGAAGUUCGAGCAAAGAACGAUGAAAUAGAACGAGAAAAAAUUAAUCGGGAGAAACAAAUAGCCGAAGAAAGGAAGGAAAAAAUCUGGAAAGAACUUGAAAUGUAUUUGUUAAGUCUGCGUUCAUCGAUCGAAUUUGGCGAAGAUAAGGUUGAAAUAGUUCCAAGCAGAGUAGAAUUCGUUCAUCAAGAGAUACUGGAUCGCUGUUUAAAACUUAAAAAUCAAGAAAGUAGCUCACAGCUUGAAGACUGGCAACUAUUCUGUCUAGUCCAAGUGAUCGCUAGUACAAUUCUCUAUGUGUGGGAAGAAAAUCAAUCAAUGGUGAAAGGAUUUGAAACAAUUCGGCAAAACUUCCUUAAAAAACCAGGAACAGUUAAUCGCUCAACCCCAAAAGACAACAAAGUCCACGAAUUCAAGUUUCAAAUUAUGCUUCGCCUUGAAUUAUCUUGGGUUGUCCCUUCGCUGAUUGGAGAAGAAGAAGAAGUGCUGCAAGACACAGUUAGUUUGUUCCAAAUGCUGGCAAUCCAUUCUAAUCCUCAACUUAUAUCAAGUUUUUUCCAGGACGGUUUGGUAGUCAGCUUUGAAAACAUGUUACCCGAGUUUCUUGUUAACUUGGGAGAAGAAUUAAAUCAGCCUAUUCCGGCCAGCUUGAGUGAUAUUGUGCGAUCGAAAAAUUCAACGCGAACUCCUAGUCCCACAUUAAGCUCCAGAACGUUGUCGGUUCAUUCCGUUUCUCAGAACGAAACAUUGGACAGCCAAAGAUCAGUCACACGCGAUUUAAGGUCGAGGACACUGUCUAGGCAACCAAGUCUAACUGUUCUUCAGCACAAAAAGCAGAUUACCCUUCCAAAUAAAGUCGAGAGGAUUCCUGUCGUUACCAAGAAAGAAGAGCCCAACGAGGUCGUACGAGUACGACGCAGUUUGCAGUUUGGAGGAAUUGAUGCACCUCUUCAGAAAACUCGAAUCAAAUCUCCGUCUAAAGUAUCUUUUACACCAAAAAAACUGAACAUGUCGUUCGAACCAUUAGCGGAAUUCACUACACCUAGCAAAGCAACGGAUCAAAUUUUGGCGCCAGAGACCCCAUCACGACUUCGCAGCGAUAACAAAAACAAGAAAACUGAUGGAAUUCACGUCGUCGGUGAAUCCCCAGAAAUUAAACAAGAGGUUUUGCGAAGGAGUCCUCGAAGAUUGGAAGCUGCCAUCGCUUUACGACGGCGAGCGUCUUUUUAUUCAACGCUAACCUCUGAUGUGAACCCGGAAAAGGGGGCGUCACGGAACUGGACCAGGGGGGAGAGCCAAGUCUGGUCAGAGAAGGCCAAGGCUAAUACUAGCAUCCAGCCUAUGGAAGAUAACAGUCAGCAAACUGGGCAAUCGGCGCGCUUUCUCUUUUCCAAAAUUCUGUCGCGUAAUGAUUCAAUGAACACCAGUGAGCUAGGCUUUAGUCCUAGGGUGAACAUUGUCGAACCCGACAUUUUAAUGCCAAUGCCAUCACUCGGCACACCCCGAAAGGGUAGUUCAACGAUGCUUUUACCUCCUUCUACACCGUCACGUCAACGUCUAACGUUUCCUGAAACUGGUGCUUCCGUUUUGGUGCAAGGCACACCUCAAAAGACUCCAAUGAAGACGCCCAAGCAAGUGCAGUUUAAUUUCAGCUUUCAACCGGCUACCCCUUCCUCGAAAGUAGUCCCCGAUCCCAGAAGUAUCCUGAAGUCGCCCAUGUCAUUUCAAUCCCAGCAAAGCCGAACGCCGUGCAAAUCUGGUCCCCAAGAUCGGCUAGCCCACCAAGUGAUUCAUAUUUUAGAUGAUACUAAUUUUACCGGUCGACACCAAUUGGAGCUUCACAGUCCUGUCAAACCAGACGAAGUCCUGGCAAAGAGAGAAGAUAGACCGGAAGACAUUUCAGCGGAAGAAACCAAAUGGUCAAACGAGUCUAACCAUGUGCCUAAUAAUGAAGAGAGUCAAGUCCAUAGACUGGAUGAAAACACUUUACGACCUGAUGAAGAGGUUGAACUUCAAUCCCCUUCGAAAACCGAAAAAGAAAAAUCGAUUGUUUCGCCUUUGAUACUCCGUCGCUCAGCUCGCUACCCACUUUCUUAUCAAAAUAACCAAGCCACCAAUUUUUAUCAACAUAACCCCAAUUGGUCGGUGGUUGACUACAGAAGACCAAUCAUCGAUGGCACUAGUACUGCUCAACCUCGACCAAACCAUUCAAGAACGAGUAACAACGGCGUAACUGAAGACCCUUAUCAGUUUGACGAUGAGGCUGAAAUAAAACCCAAGCGUUUGUCCCUUGCCGAUUCGAGCACACACAAGAGGAAGCUUUUCCAAUCCUCUGCAGAGAAAACGCCCAUUCCCAAGAGGCGGCGGAUCAUCCCCAAUGCUUCUCCUAUCGAAGAAUCAAAAACACCACCGACUUGUAAGUUCCAAGCACCAAAAGAUGGCAGCUUAUUCCACUUAGAAAAUUCUCCACUUUUGAAUUCUAUUGAUGCCAAAUUUUUAGCUUAGUUGUGUUUUUUUUCUUUCAAAUUCGAACUCGAAAAAUGAAUGUGUAUGUGCGAAAAGUGUUCAUUACAAUAUUAAACAAGAAAAAUUGCUUAUUCA